UUCGUUCCAUGGUUGCCGCGUACAACAUAAGGCAUGGGGCUUGGUUGCGCGCCUACUAUGAAGGUGAUGGCACUCUAUGCAUCUCUAUAAGGAACCUUGACGGAUCCCGCAUUGUGUAUCCAAGGCCACAUUCUCGAAGCAACUUCACUGCUCCAACACUUAGUAGUGUUAAUCCUCACUGUACAGGCGUCCUUUCUCGUGAUGUCUUCCACACCGGCGACGUUAUACCUCCAUUUUCCAUAGAAUACACUCCUCCCACCUCUCCUGUUCUUAGCAACACCUUCGGCAGUCCACAAAACUCAACCAACAGCCUUUGUUGUCCUGUCUAUUUUGCCUCGACUACUUCACAAGCGAGUCUGGUGGGCCAAGUUGACCUCGGUUUGCAGACGCGAUCUCUUAGUCCGCCCGUUGCACGAGAUGCUGCCAGCUUCUCUGAGUGGAUUCGUCGUUAGAUUUUUUUUGCGAUAUUGCCUUGCGACCAAGGAUCCUCCUACUCAUGCCUAAUCCAAGUUUCAUGUUUAAAUUCAACUCUUCGUUGUUUCUUCAUUUGU